UCCUCCUUUCCCUCCUCCCCGAAGGCAGAUCGGCGUUCACAGCCGCUUUGUUUAGAGCUUAAACUAAGAUCUAAACUCGGGUCCUGUUUUUGAUGGGGAAUCCUAACAAACGGCAUUUAUAACUAACAAAGAUCCGCGGAAACAAAGGUGGAAAUGUCUGCAGGAACAUGCGCGUCUCUCUGCUGCGCUUUGCUGCUUGUUGGCGUCUCCGUGUGUGCAGAGCAGAGAAACAUCACAGCUGAGCCUGGACAGAACGUCAUUCUGCCAUGUCGAGCUCCAAAUAAGAACCAGAUCAGAGCUGUAGUGUGGGCCAAACCUGUUCUAGAAGAUGAACACGUGUAUUUGUACCGGGACGGACGGUUCGAUCCAGGAGAGCAGAAUCCAGUUUACAGGAACCGGGUGGAUCUGCAGGACAGACGGAUGAAGGAUGGAGACGUGUCUCUGAUUAUGAAGAAUGUGACAGUUAAUGACUCUGGGACAUACGAGUGUCGCAUCAUCCAGAUAGAAAAGGGCCGUAGUAACAAGGCACCCAGCAUCAUCUACCUGAGUGUUGCUCCUCCAGGUGAGCCCAGAGGGCGGAGCUGGAGCGGUUCUUUUGGACUCGUAGUUCACCCGUAUGUUCCUCUUCUGCUUCUUGCUGUAGCUUUUCUUUUUUGAGCUACAGAAAAUGAACAUAAGAAAGCUGAUCUGAGGACAGCCUGACCUCAGAGAUGGUGAACGUCCAGCAGACAGCGAUCAGCAGCAGAUUUCAAAUCUCUAAAAUUUGGCCUGUGUGUCAGCGGCUUUAUCACCCACACUGUUUUUACAGCUCACACCAAGUAAAGCUGAAUUACUCAGGUAAUAUUAAUGUAUGUGCAGUAGUAUUAGUGCUGCACAUACAUCAGAAUCAAUGAGUUUGAAGUAGUUUUUAUUCUUCGUAAAACACUGUUUAUAAAGAGAAUUCAUCAAAUUUGUGUAUAAGAUUGUAAAUACCUGUUAUUUAAGCUGCACUCAUACAUUGUGUCCGGUGUGUGAUUGACCUCUGAUCUAAAACUCAGUGUCGUGUGUGUUACAGUGUUAGAAUCAGUGUUUCAGCUUCAGCAGCUGUUUGAAUGACCAGACUUGUCAUGUGAGGUUUGAAUCAUCAUGCAGAGAUCAGCUGUUACAGUGUAACUACACAGUGGCUGAACCAGCUGACAACAUAAUGUGUGACAGUGUGAGUGUGGGUGCAUGACUGUGGAUUAAACAGAAUAAUGUGACGGCCUCAGGGCUGGGGUUGUCUUCUCAUCUCUUCCAGGUAAUUGGUGGGAGGAGCAGAUGUAGUACACAGGGAACUGUCUGCUCACACACUGCAGUGGUUAUUCUUGAUGAGCGGUUCCACAACUUACUAUUUUAAGAGAGCCGGUUGUGUGUGAGGAGUUUAUUGUGUCAACUGUAGCUCGGUGGUGGAUGUGGGUGGAGGUGUAUGCUCACAACACGUGUGUUUGUUUUUGGUGGGGUGGCUGGUUUAGGCAGUUGCCUUCUCACACCUCUGACGUAGUGUGGAAGCACCUCCCACAGUGAACUACCUGAACACUAGUGUGGAGCUGGAUGGGACGGCUGUCCUCCUGGCCCUUCUUGGCGAGACCCUGCUGCACCCUGACUCAACUCUGACCUGUUUCUGGUUUUCAUGUGUGUUCUGAAUAAGUGCUGAGAUGACCAGUUCUUACAGACUGCUGGCCACUUUGUUAGUAACUGGUUGUGUUAUGGGACCACUGCAGGGUCAGCAGAUCCCUUUAGCUAGGAUUAUUUAUGGAUGAUAAGUAAAUCAGUACCUUGGAAUGAAUGAUCCCUAAUCUGGCUUGUGGCUGUUGUGCUCUUUUGUAUUGCUCGUGUUACUGUAGUUUGUGUUCAGUGAAGUGUGAUGAUGUGGAACCCUUAUUCACAGGUGUAACCAUACGGAGGGGAGGGUCAUGAUAUGGCCGUCCCAUUAGGUCCAUUAGGAGAAGCUUUUUCUCGUGAUCUGUCCUGCUUGGUCUGCAGUUGGUGUCAGUCUAGAACCUGUAAGCGUGUCAGAGUCGUGUGGUUUUAGUAUUUAAGCAGCUGCUGACAGCUCCAUUAACACGUCUUCACAUAAUUCAGACUCAGUCCUCGUGGGUGUUGGGCUUCACCAAGCAGUGAAGCUGCUGAACUCGGUGGCCUCGCUUGGUCAUCAGGCUGCAUCCAUAGACUGCACAGGUGUCUUUGUCAUUUCUUGGUUUGCACGGCUGCGAUUCAUCAUCUUGACUCUUUUCUUUAUAACAUUGAAGGUAAAACCAUUUCUACAAAGGAUACAGCAGUGCAUCCUUACAGUGUAGCUCCUCCUGCAGCCUCCUCUUUCCUGUACCUGAGACAUGCUUCACUACGGAGCACUGAGACAGCAGGACGGAGGAGACGAGGAGGCUAAAAUUAGAGAAAUAAGAGGAAAAAAAGCCUGAUAUUUGUGUAUGGUUAGACAUUUUAAAAGUUUGAUGUGUAUUCACUUUGAUUUGCGCAGCAUCAAAUCAGAAGAUGAGUCGUGUCAACUUUAAACAGUUACAUUUCAAAGAGAUGUUCGCUCAGUAGGAUGUGGUUGUGAAACAUAAACAUGUUUGUGCUGCUUCCUCUUUUCAAGCCUCUUUUUUGCUAAAAAAGGUAAUUACCAAAUAUCAUCCCUCCUAAAAAAGGGGAAGCUCAGCGAGCUGACGGCACAGCUUUCCCUCUGAAAACAUCUGUAAUGCAGCACCAGCCAACUGUUAGCCAGCCUGAAAAUACUCAGUUUGAAUUGGUCUGAAAAAUAAUAAAAUGUAACCAAGUUAUUAUGUUUCCUUUGGGUUAAUGCAUGUUGACU